CCAUUGCCUCUCUUUUUAUUCUUCUUCUUUUCAGUUUAGUUUUAUCACUCUUCUUUUCAGUUUAGUUUUAUCGCUGUGAGUGGGAGAGGUAGAAGGCAGGUCAGUGUUCCACACCUCCUAUACUGCGCUGGGUCCCGCUGCUCUCUGGAGGCACACCCUUACUUGGAUUAUUUUUCUUUCAUUGCAGUUGUCUCGGUUUCCCCCGUGUUCUUUCAGUCAUUCAGAUCUGUCACUUGUUCUACUGUUAACAUGGAGUCUGACACACAAGUCCCGUGUCUUUGAGGCAGGUGUAGAUGCUCCAGACGCAGCAGGCCCCAGGAAGAGGCUGCCUCCAUCCAGGCUCAGUGCGGCUCUUCUCUGAUUCCUGGGUCUCUCAGUCGCACUUUGCUCCACACCUUAACAGGCAACCACAGAGAAAAGAAACAGGUGUGAGGAGGCCACUGGAGAUUCUCAAGAAGGGAAGCUAUUUUGUUUUGACCCACAGUAUCACUGACCUUUGGUUCAAUCUGGUGGUUUUCCUGUGAUUGGACACCCUAGAGGGGUAGGAAAUCACCCACCCCGUCUGUCCGUCUGCGUCCUACCCUCGGACCUCCAUCACUAUGGCGACCGCGGUGCAGCCCAACGAGCUGGUGUUUGAGUUUGCCAGCAAUGGGAUGGAUGAGAUCAACCAGCUGGAUGAUCCGUCCGUGUUCCCAGCAGUCAUUGUGGAGCAGGUGCCCGCCGCUGACCUCAUGCAGGUCUACUCGGGCAUGGAGUCGGACGAGGUGACCAAUGGCAUUAUGGUGGACAACACUCUACAUGUGAUGGAGGAGCCCAUUCUGGUUGGCGACGUGGGCCUCUCAGUAGAAACGACGGUGUCGGGCACAGAGGAUAACAUGGAGACCAACGAGGCUGCGGCAGCCCUUCUUAACAUGGAGUCACCAAACAACAUCCUGGAUGAGAAACGCAUGAUUCACACCUACGGGACCAUGUUGGAGUCUGACUACACCUAUAUCCACUUGAGGCCGGAGCCCAACGGCUGCAUGGAUGUAUCGCUGGAUGAUGAAACAUCCUCCAUGGACGAGAUCCCUCAGAAGAGCGUGUCCAAACCACAGAGGAAAACCAAAGUGCGCAAGCCUCGGCCGGUACGUCCCUGCUCCCCCAUUACCACUCCCAGCCUGCCACUCAAGAAGAAGAGCAAGGAGGGCAAAGGGAACACAAUCUACCUAUGGGAGUUCCUCCUGGCCCUAUUGCAGGACAAGAACACCUGUCCCAAGUACAUCAAGUGGACGCAGAGGGAGAAGGGCAUCUUUAAGCUGGUGGACUCCAAGGCUGUUUCCAAACUGUGGGGCAAACACAAGAACAAACCUGACAUGAACUAUGAAACCAUGGGCAGGGCACUCAGGUAUUACUACCAGCGUGGUAUCCUGGCUAAGGUGGAGGGUCAGCGGCUGGUCUACCAGUUUAAAGACAUGCCUCCUGACCUAGUGGUGAUUGACGACGAGGACCCAUGCCCCGACCUCACCCCUGGCUACGGGGGCCAGCGCCCCAGCCACCACGGCCGGGGAGGCUCCAGAGGGGGGCACGGUAAAAACCAUGCCCAUGUGCACCGUCCUAUAUCGGUAAAACAAGUGAAGAGAGAGCCCAUUGAUUUUGAUGGGCUGUACCAUGAGGUCAAUGGGAAACAGGCAGAACACAUGAUCCAGACGGUCCACGUGCUGCAGCCCAACCAGGGGGCGGCUGUGCCGGCAUCCACACACACUGUGAGGACCAUCAACAUGCCUACCUCCGUCCCCAUGGUCCUGACGUCUUCCGGCCAGCUGCAGCCCCUCCUGUCUAACGGUGACUCCUCCCAGCCCAGGGUCAUCCUCCACACCGUCCCCUCUACCACGGCGGGGGGCAAGGACAUCCUCACCAUCCAGACGGCCUCCCUGGCCACCGGGACGGGUAGCCUCCAGGACCACCACCAUCAGCACCCCCAGUUCCUUGUCACCAGCCUUGGCUCCACCACCACCACCACGGGGGUCAUCAGCUCCACCACGGCCUCCCACAACGUCCUUCCCCGCCUGGUCACCCUCAACGCGGCCACCGGUCAGCCCAUGGUGGCCCAGCAGCCGGGUACCGUCAUUGCUACGGUCCUCAAGUCCUCCAGUGGUGGCGAGCUCCUCCACGGCCUGCACGGCAUCAAGGAGGAGAUGCUGGACCCCUACUACCUGCAGUCAUUGGUUAAUGGAGACCCGUCGUUUGGGAAGGAGGAGAUGGAGGCAGGGGAAGCAGAGCUCACCUACAGGACUGUGAUCAUCGGGAUGAACCAGAGCCUUGGACCGAGCCAGGGGGAGACUGGAAGUGAGUCCCCAGUGAACGGACACUUUGCCCAGGGAAGCAGCCCCAGUGAGGGCCUGACCCCCGUGGAGGAGCUAGAGGUGCGCGGGGAGAUGGCCCUGCAACCGGAUCACAUGGUGAGGGUCAGGGGGCUCCAGGAGCUGCCAGAGAUCACCGUCCACCUCCCGGCCUCCUUCAUCCAGAUCAAGACAGAACCCACAGAGGGCUAGUAGACCACAGGCUGACCUUUAUUGUCAUGAGUCUUGUCCUGGAGGCAGAACUGAGUGAUUUCCACUAGAUGGGCCAGCUACAAAGUCAAAAUAGGCUAUAUCUUAAAAAAUAAUGAAGACCAAAAUGAGCUUUUUGGUCUUAAUUUAGGGUUAGCCAAUACGGUUAGCAGUGUGGUUAAGGUUUUUUAUUUUACCUUUAUUUAAACAGGGAGUCACCAUUGAGACCAGGGUCUCUUUCAAGGGAGCCCUGCACAUACAAUUCAUAAGACACAAUCUAAUCAAAAUCAGAUACAAUGUAGAAAAAACUAAAAUACAGCACAACACAAAUAUUCAAAAAAAACUGUUACAAUGAGGUGCUUUAAAACUAAAAGCAGAUUUACCUAGUUCGGUGGAGACCACAAGGAACCUCAAGAGUUUGGUAUCUCAUGUUUUUAUUCUUUAACAACGUAGUUCGGUAAGUCGGAAGCUUGUGUACUAGAGAUUUGUAAACAAGAAGGGAGUAAUGAAGUGAUCUACGGGACGUUAAUAAGGACCAGCCAAGCUUUUGAUACAGGAUGCAGUGAUGAGUAAUCAAAUUGUCACCUGUGAUAAAACGAAGGGCGCUAUGCGAGAUGGCAUUUACAGGUUUAAGAGUAGUGGCUGCUGCAAUCUGGUAAAUGGUGUCACCAUAGUCAAUAACUGGCAGGAAAGUUUACUGUACAAUCUUUUUUCCUGCUAUUUAGGGAGAGGCAAUAUCUAUUUCUAAAAAAGAAGCCCACUUUAAAUCUUAGCUUUUAAACUAUCUCAUCUGUAUUUUUUUGUCAAUCCAAAUGCCCAGAUAUUUAUAGUCGGGAACCCCAUCAAUGGGAGAACCAUUCAAUGAAUAACUAUGUAGUCCGUCUGGUUAAGGUUAGGAUUAAAAUCUGAUUUUAUGACUUUGUGGCUGUUCUAGCUAGUGCCCACUCUGCAGAGCUGCCUCCAGGGCAAGAUUCAUGACAAUAAAUGCCAAGCUGCUAGUAGGCCUGGACUCCAUCAAAGCUGGACUAUGGAAUCAACAUAAAGAAAGACUACUUAAAGGGCAAUUCCACCACUUUUCAACCUCAUUUUCAUUGUCUCCAGCACAAUACCAUUGUAUACAUAUGUGAAAAUGGCGCAUUUCUACGUUUUGUAGAAACAAAUAUAAAGUUAAAAAGUUCUACCCGACAUCAUCAAAAGUUAACACAUUUGAAAAACAGUGAUUUUCAAACACUAUGAGAUUAAUUGUUUUUUUCUUUUAAUCUGUGAUGUCACAGAGAAGCAUUUU